AUAUAGAUAAGUGUACUCUCAUCAGAUCACCCAAUACAGGCUGUCGUCCACCAGAGAAACAAGGCGCACAGGGUAGAAUUUUUUUUUUCUUCUUCAUUAUGGCAGGAACAAAAACCAAGACAGGGGUCUUCACAAUAGCUGUGGAAGAGCCGUCAGCAGAGAGAGGCGACACCAACAAGAAGAGAUGCAUCUUUGAGCAGUAUGUGCAGCCCUGCCUGGCUGAGCUGUUCGGGACCAGCCUGUUUGUGUUUGUGGGGUGUGCAUCCGUUAUUGGGAAUGUGGGAGCAGUCGGCGUCAUCCAGCCCGCUGUGGCACAUGGACUGGCUCUGGGAGUGCUGAUCAUGGUCCUCGGGCAAAUCAGUGGGGGCCACUUUAACCCUGCGGUGUCUCUGAGCGUCUACCUGUGUGGAGGGACGGGGCUUUCCCUGCUGCUGCCGUAUGUCCUGGCUCAGAUGUGUGGAGGCAUGGUCGGAGCUGGUUUGACCAAGGUAAUCUACCCCACUGAUGUGUAUAACGCUUCCCUUGGAGGGGCCUUUAACAUUGUGAACAAUGAUCUGGGUAAAACCACUGUGGCAGAGGUGAUGAUGACCCUGUUCCUCACCACCGUGGUGUGCAUGGGGGCCGUCAACGGCCAAACCCGCUCCCCCUCGGCUCCUUUCUGCAUCGGCCUCACUGUGACAGCCAACAUCUUUGCUGGGGGGACGGUGUCUGGGGCCUGUAUGAACCCUGCCCGAGCCUUUGGUCCCGCAGUGGCUGCCAACCACUGGAACCACCACUGGGUCUACUGGGUGGGACCCGCUUCUGGUGCACUGCUUACUGUCAUGUUCAUCAGGUUGUUGUUUGGUGACCAGAAGACUCGAGUUGUGUUGAAGUGAAUGUUUAAUUUAUAAAGGAAGAAGAGACAGGACGUCCCGGCUGACAUGAUGACAGCGUUUCCAUAUGGAUUUACAGUACUCAACACUUG